UACAGAUCAUGUUGUAUGUGAAGACGACUUGGCGUACACCCUCCUGGCCUUCAACUGUUGGAUCCCCGGCGUGUCCACCUUUGUGAGCCACCUGAUCCACGCACGACCCACCGAGUAAGUUGGGCCACACCGAGUAAGUUGGCUACACCGAGUAAGUUGGGCCACACCGAGUAAGUUGGGCCACACCGAGUAAGUUGGGCCACACCGAGUAAAUUGACCACACCGAGUAAGUUGGGCCACACCGAGUAAGUUGGCCACACCGAGUAAGUUGGGCCACACCGAGUAAAUUGACCACACCGAGUAAGUUGGCCACACCGAGUAAGUUGGGCCACACCGAGUAAAUUGACCACACCGAGUAAGUUGGCCACACCGAGUAAGUUGGGCCACACCGAGUAAAUUGACCACACCGAGUAAGUUGGCCACACCGAGUAAGUUGGGCCACACCGAAUCAUUCGGUCACUGAACUCGUUCGUAUCUUUUAGACCUGCUAGUUUAACAUUAACUUUUAUUUUCCAUUUAUAUCAUUGGUUAACAAUCCUAUUGUUAAAUGUCAACCAGUGUUAAAUGAAAGAUCUUGUGACUGUAUCAUAUGGGUGGUUUAACAUUAUACUUUUUGUUCAUGUUUUGACAAAUUGAUUACGUUUGACAUGAACGCUGAUUUUGAGGAUAGAUUGAACAUUUCAUCGAUAUCAUUUUCCCACACUAAGCGCAGAUGAAAAUGUUGCGCUCUUAGCUGAUCUAUUUAAACAUGUUCAUCGAUCUGUUUUUGACACAGAUCAGUCAUGCGACAUUAUUUGAAUCAAAAAUCACAAAGUUCGAAAACAUAAUGGGUCCCAAGGCAUAGCUCGGAUACAUAACAUGUGUAGACAAAUAGAUUCAACACCUGGUUAACUCCAAUCGUGCUGAUAAUGCGAAUGUCUUAAACUUAAGGGAUCGAUACCAGUAAAGAAGACAUUUUUUUAGAUACAGAAGUUUUUUUUUUCCUUUAAAUAAUCGAUUUUCAAUAUUUGGACAAAGUUUGAAUAAAGUGGUGAGAUGUGCUUUGGUUAAAUUAUUAAAACUGUCAUUGCUACCGUUUUGUCUUCAUUUCAUUUGUUGAAAGUGUAAAACUGUCUCCCGUGUGAUAUCAGGCUUUCAUUACAUUUUGCUACAAAGUAAUUGUUGUCAAAACGGUUAUCUUAGGGAAUUUUUCUUUUACAAUGUUUCUCGUUGUGUACUGGUUUACUGAGACUUGGUCUAGAAAUCUUUACACUGCGAGACAAUAUUGAUUAGAGUUAUCUUGAUUAGAGUUAUCUUGAUUAGAGUUAUCUUGAUUAGUGUUACCUUGAUUAGAGUUAUCUUGAUUAGAGUUAAUAUAACAAACUGAACAAAUGUCCCUCCUUCUGGUUUUGCAUAUAUCUAAUAUCUUGAAAUGUACUCCACAAGACAUCGAUGUACAUAUCAACAACCCGCAACUCGGUGUGUAGAUUUUGUCACUUCUAACAUCUCUGACUCUAAAUGUUUCUAUUAUUGUGUAAAUGAUUUUUGUUGUUCUCAGCGGAGUCCCGUUGGCCAGUAAACAGGUUCAAAGGAACCCUACUCGGAUGGAGGUCCAACACGCUCAGCUACAAACGAGUGACUUCUUGCGUGAACACGAGGGGCACACAUUCCCCAGGGCUGCUGCUGAUGUCUAUAAGAGGUGAUGAAACUUUUUAAAAUGAACGCUGAAGGUCUAUGGGAACAUACGAUUGCAAAACAUUCAGCCGCAUUUUUAAUGUUGGCUCUAUCAUGUUAAUCGUUUGUUAUCAUGCUAAAUAAUUAUUUUUUAAAAAUGAAAGGCUGAAAUAGGCAUUUUAAUAUAGGACCAAUUUAGUUUUAGAUAGACAUAUUCAUAGAGAGAAUCCGCGGCAUCGGUUCUACAUAUUUUAAGACAUUUGAAAUGUGGACACAUUAACACGCGCCUCCAUAUUUGUUAUGGUCAGUUCUUAUAUGGUGUAAGAAGGGUGAGACAUUCACAUUCCUAUGGCGUUAAAAAACAACUGAUGCAUCGUUCUAACAGAUACGGCGUCAUUCUACUGGCUGUGGCAGACAGCGAGACUCCAAGUCUGAUCAUAAAACUCAACCCUGGACAUGACUACAAACUGAAGGUACGGGUCAGCUUUUAAAUAUUUGAUUAUAGAUCGAAUUGAAAAAAAAAAAAGAAUUCUUUUUAAUUAAUUUCUGUUUAAAAGGGCAGUUUACAAUUGUAUUGCACACACAAAACAUAAAAUAACAACGUAGAUUUGGGUUUAAAUGAGCAUGUGUUAUUGUUACGUCUCUGGUUGCAAUUUCUCAUUGUUACAACAUGCUGUGGUCGGGGGGUGUGUGUGUGGGGGGGGGGGUGGGGCUCGAGGGGACGGAUUUAGCACAAGCCGGUCAAUAAACCCGCCUUGUCUCAGGGUUUAUUACAUUGUAGCAUGUGUUAUUGUUACGUCUCUGGUUGCAAUUUCUCAUUGUUACAACAUGCUGUGGUCGGGGGGUGUGUGUGUGGGGGGGGGGGUGGGGCUCGAGUGGACGGAUUUAGCACAAGCCUGUCAAUAAACCCGCCUUGUCUCAUGGUUUAUUACAUUGACGUGUUGUUGUUUUUUUUCACGGCUAUUGCUGUGUCUCCCACAGGCUCAAGACGUGUGUUAUUACAUGGGAGAGUUGGAAGGUGAUACGAUUUCGAAUGAUCCGAAAUUGAAGAGAUCAGCUGAGUUAAAUUCAUCUCAGUGUCCACGGAGAACACUUGCAUUUGAAGGCCGGACAUAUACAGGUUUUAACUUAAUCCUUUAGCGGCUCUUCGAAAUAAUCCCAAUCAUUUCAUUCUGUUUGGGUACAUGUAUAUUCAAAAUCUGUAAUUUUUUUUUUUUUUUACAGCAUGUAAUAAUAUAAACCUAAAAUCCGUGUACUGACUGAUGCAAGGUCAUAAUGAAAAUAAAUAAAUAAAUAAAAUAAAGUACAUUUUUAAAAGAAUAUUUUAAAAUAUUUAUUUGGAUAUUACAUGCAGUAAGGUGCUGUGUAUGUUCCUUACAGACGAAUCCAGGGAAACGCGUCACAGCCAUCGACUGUCAGGUUCGACCACGGCGACGGCUUUGUCUCGGCAAGGGAGGUAAUGUUGAUAAGCAAAAUCACAUCACAUUUCAUAAUGUUAUAGCCCUUUAGUUUUCCUCUUACCGCUCGAUCACAAGUCUUUAUAACCAUUUUGCGUGCUAAAUGGGCCGCAAAAAGAACUCACCAAAAAGAACCCACCACAUUUAUUCAUUCAUAAUAUGGAAAUAAAUAUGUUCAUUUUUCGAAAGGGAUAAGCACAAAAAUCAGUCUUUGCCCCGGGCGCAGCUUUUCCAUGACACAGCCCUGCUGAUGUGUUAGUUAUUGCAGCUUUUCCAUGACACAGCCUUGCUGAUGUGGUAGUUAUUGCAGCUUUUCCAUGACACAGCCCUGCUGAUGUGGCAGUUAUUGCAGCUUUGCCAUGACAUGGCACUGCUGAUGUGGUAGUUUUUUUUGUUUUUUUUUAAGCUUCAAGACCACACCAGAAGCCCGUGUCUCUGCGAAAUGAAAUAAUCUCUGUAAAAUAAAGUAUAUUUCUUUAAAGCAGCAAAAGGAAAAGUGUCUUUUGUAUAACCUUCUUCAAGGUAUUUCGGCUAAACUUUGACUUCAUUCAGCGACUGACUGCAAAUCAUCAGUUGUGUGACUUACUGAUCAGGAAUGUGGGGUCGGGGGCUACAACCUCUGAGAGUUGAACAAUUUGAUUGUUUUAAAGUUUCAUAGUACUGAAUAAACUAAUUAAAUAAUGCAACAAAAAAAAAAGUAUAUUCACAGGUUUUGUGUCAUAGAAAAACCCAGCAAUAUUUGACACAAGUGUCAUUCCUGUUUUCAGACUUACAGUUGGUUCACCCCCUGCUACAAUUAUUCCAAGGUUAUGGUCAAGCAAAUGUCAUAUUCUCAAAGAAUCUCGAACACAAUGUUGUCUACAGUGGCGUAAG